UAUCAGAGCACUUUUCCAGGUAUAUACUCCAUGUCGUACGGUCAUAUUAUGCCCGGAUCCGUUAGAUGCCACACGAACCGCUACCUCUACCUCAAUUGGGUUAAUCGCGGACAGGCAGCGACUACGUCUAGAAAGAAACACGCUUCAUGCUAACUAAAGCGCAUUACUCAAUGGCCAAUAGAUCUACUCCGUACCGAGUACAAUCGCAACCCCUGAUGUUUCGCAAUGGUAGGCGGCCGCGAGAACUAUUGACUAGACCUUUUUGCUUUCCUUGGGAUAGCCUGAUGGAGCCCGAUCCGUGCUAUUCCCCAACCUCACCGAGCGUUCCCCGGCUCGGCAAGACAAGGUUUACUCCAGUGCCCGUCUCGCUAAAGCUUUGUUGCGGCGCCUCUGCUCCAUGUUCUUCAGCCGGCUUUCGGUCGGGCUGCCCGUGGAAUGUUCGGAAUAUGGAUGAAUGGCGUUUUGAACCGGCCGCGCUCUCGUACUAGGCUGUCCAGGAGCGUUAACCGACUGCAUGGCAUCCCAUUGGCUGACGAUGGAGUCUGCAGAUCCAAUUACUUUUUAGCUACCACCACCCAGCAUCGCCCGAGGUAGGCGAGCCACAGCCAGUGCCGCGGUGCCCUCUCCCCAUUCUUGAGCA